GCCCGUGCGUCGCCGUGGCAACUGGCCGUAAACAAGAUGGCGGCGGGGGGGAGAUGCCAGGCGGUCUCCUAGGACAAGGAAUCCCUGCAGAGCACCCUCCACCCCUGCUCCAGGAGGAGAACAUGGAGGGUGCAGCUCACGCUGACAUGGAGCUCGGGUCCUCUCUGGCUGAAAAAAUCUCUCUGUUGGAACAAAAAAUAGAGAAACAAGCACAAGAAAUCCAGCAGAAGGACAGGAGGAUUGCUGAACUCGAGGAGAGGAUAAAAACUCUUCAAGAAGAAGAUGCUUUUGACUCAUCCACCACAGAAGAACUGGAAAUGAGGUGCCUUCAGCUGCAGAGCCAGGUCUGGGAGAUGGAGCGCUUCCUGAAUGACUAUGGUCUGAUUUGGGUUGGAGAGACACGGGACCAGCUGGAGGAUACAGAAUCAGUCCAGGAUGAAGAGGAGCUGCCAGCAAGGAACCUCUGCAAGCUGGGUGCAGGCGCUGUUUGCAGAGCCCAGAUUGAUUUUGAUUUAAUCCUGGAGAACAUUAAGGAUCUGAACUCGCUGGUGGGAGAGGGCAUUUCUCAGGUGGAGCACACGCCCCGGGGGGCCCGGCUGAGGCGGCCCGAGCCCCUCCCUCUCACCCUGUACCAGAACGGGAUCGUCGUGGGACACGGCGCCUUCCGGCCCUACCAGCACCCGGGCACACAGCAAUGCCUGCAGGACAUCAUGGAUGGAUAUUUCCCCUCCGAGCUGCAGCCACGCUAUCCCGACGGGGUCCCCUUGCAGGUCACUGACAGGAGGGAUGUGGUGUUUCAAAAGUCAGAACUUCCAGGGAGUUUUCCUGGCAUUGGCCACGUGGUGGGUACCUCAGAAUCCAACCAAGUGCAGGAAACCUCCGAGAUCCCAGGUCCCCAGUCCUCCUCGGGGCAGGUUCCCAGUGAGCUUCCCAAGCCCCCAAAGCACAGAGGGAGAGGGGGCAGUGCCCGAGGCGUGGCUGGAGCAGCACUACAGGGCUCUGAUGGGCAGCAGAGCAGCAAAGAAAUCCUGGUGGAAACACCUGGGCUGGCUGCCCUGGAGAGGUGCAGGCUGCGGAUCCGCUCCGAGAGCGGGGAGCGGAGCUACGAGCUGAGGAUGCUGCUCUCGGACACCAUCGGGGACCUGCGCCAGCACCUCGCCCACAUCAGGGGUGGAAACUCGGACUCAUAUGAGAUCAUCAGCACCUUUCCCCAGAGGGUGUACACAGACAACUCCAGGAGCCUGCAGGAAUAUGGGCUGGUCCCCAGUGCCUCUCUGCUGCUGAGGAGGAGAGACCCCUCCCAAAAAACAGCCUAAAGAGCUCCUCACCCCCAGCUCUGCACAGCUGCCUCUCACCUUACCCAACCUGCCCUGGCUGGGAAAAAGGGAGAGGUUUUCUUUCCAGAUUUAGUUUCACUGUGCCAUUACCUGGGUGAAGAGCUCAGAGCAGCCAUUUGGCAGAGGGGGCCAGGCCCAGUCCUGCUGCCUCACAGUGGCUGCUGUGCCCCAGGACAGGAGGGUCCCAACACAGGGACACUUCCAUGAGCUCACCUGGGCUCCAGGCCUGGCCCCUGAUCCCUGUGCAGGUUACACAGGCUGACCCCUGCCCAGGGGAGCCUGCCAGCUUCUCUGUAGUUACUUAGCUGGGCUCAGGGGCUCUGGAGAAGCAGGAUGGACACACAGCCAGGGGCAGUUUGCUUUCUAUGCACAGCUGCUCCCUACGGAUUUCACCUCCACUGACACCAGGGGACAAACGGGCUCCAUAACACGGUCUCUGCUGGAGCAAAACCUGAAGGCCUUGAGCCAUUGCAGUGCUGGGGCUGAGCCAGGCUGGACUCAGCCAGGAGAUCCUGCUGUGGGUUUCCUGUACGUGCACAGCUCCUUCCCUUGGACAGCCCCCAGCUGCAGCGGGGCCCUGGCUCCAGCCUGCCUGGAGGUACCCGCCCUCCUCCUCCCUGGAUGCUGCAACAGGACACCGUGUCACUGGAGACAGCAUAAUCCCUCAUGCCUCUGCCCAACCCUGAAUAAAGCAUCUUCCUCCCUCUCCCGUGGGCUGGGGCUGCACUUUUCCCUUUCCCUUUCCCCAGCACAUUCUUCCCAUUCCAGCUGUGACAAGCUCUCACUUGACUCCCAGCUGACAACACUCCCACUCAUGCGAGGCAGAGACCCAGCCCUCACUGAAGGCUCCCAAUAAAACCCUUUCUUUCAGCUGCAAUUUCCACUUCCUUUAGAUUUCACUGUUGCUGUGGAAGCUCGGGGUGCUCAGAGCUCUUCCCAGACCCCUGUGACCAGAGCUGCACAACCCAAACAUAAGAAGCAAACACAGCUCCCCAUGAGCAGUGACUCAACCCACACAAUUCUCCCUCAGCUUCCUCCUUUUUUCCACCUGUAGCAGAUCCAGGAGCAGCUGUUUCCCUGCUCCUCUGUGUCCUGGUCUAGGCGAUCUUUGUGCCAAGGGUUUGUUUUGCACUCCCAUGUCUGGCUGAGACUGUCCCUGCCCCUGGCACCACGCAGAGGAGAGGAAUGCUCAGGUACCUGUCACUAGUCCCUGGAGCCUUUGAUUAGCAGCAGCAAUCUAAGGUGUUAAGAUCUUUGUGUCAGGCUGCCAGCAGCACGUACAACUCACUCAGCUGGAAAUGACUCACAAUCAUGGGUAGGGUGAUGUUUAACCUGUAGCCAAAAUAAAACUGAAUUAAAAAGAAAUGCAAAGAGUAGCGCCAUGAAAGGUACAGUAACAUUUAAUAGCAUCUCAGAAGACAACACUGGUUAUAAACUUGCUUUUUGGCAGGAAAACAAAAUGCACUUGGUCCAGGAUUGCAAAAAAGCCAACUCAAAGAGGAAAGACUGGACAGCUGGAGCAUCAGCUGUUCUGGGGCAGCCCUGAGCCAUUAACGCUCACCAGGGAAGGCAAGGCGGAGGGUGGCCAGAGCAGCACAGAUCCCACUUCCAGCCCCACCCAUUCCCCCAGGCAGCUCCACCGUGGUGGGCACUCAGACCCCCAAUUCUGUGCAGUAUUUUUGCAUUAAAUUAAGACAAACAAAAAACAAAAACAAAAAA